GUCAUGGUCAUCGGAUCCGAACGACAUGGCUCAUACAAUUGCCCAAAGCUUACAAUGUGAUUGGAAGAGCGUGUCCAAGGGAUUCGACUUCGGCUCAUUGUGCCUGUCUUCUCCAGAGUCGAUGGCUUUGCUUCUGAUAAGGCCAGCACCCCCUCCUGGCUCAUAUACAUACCUUCAGGAGUUCCGUAGGCUUCCAGACCUGACGCCUUGAACAAGGGCCCGUGAAGUAUGGCAUUGAGCAUCCUCUCUAGCCACAUUUCGUGGCAAGGCUUCCCAUUCCCUGUGUAUGUUUUCGUCUUCUCAUGCUUAGCGUAUCUUUUGGGACGUCGGCUCCUGAACUUCGUUGGUUCUUUCAUCUCCGCAGGAGAUGGAGAGAAAGUCCCCCAUCGAGGUUCAGGGCUGGAUCAGGCAGAGAAGGGAAGUCUGAAGAGACCGGUUGAUAUGUCUGAGGACGAAGUCUUCCAGUUGGAAAAAAGAGCAUUCUUCAGCAAAACGUGGUUGUACGUCACGCACCGCAGCAGGUUCGACAAAGUCGGAGAUUACCAUGCCUUUGAAGUGGCCGGGAUUUCGUUCUUUGUCGUUCUGGGCAAGGAUAUGAAGCUCCGUGCUUUCCACAAUAUCUGCAGACACCGCGCUUACACCGUGGUUCGGAAGCCCUGCGGAACCUCCACGCGAUUCUCUUGCAAAUACCACGGUUGGCAAUAUGACGACGCAGGCCGGCUAGUGAAAGCGCCCAAGUUCGAUGAAUCGCCGGGUUUCGUGCCUGAAGAGAAUGGAUUGUGGGAGGUGAAGUUGAUCGUCACGAGAGAGGGUUUGGUCUUCGUCAACUUCGAUGCCAGCACCAUGGAUCUGCCUUUCAACAAUGUCAAGUCUCACAUUCAGAUGGAAAGUCGCUCCUGGAUCGAUGGGAUGAACGUGACAUGUGCGGCCAACUGGAAAGAUCUUGCAAACAAUUUUUCGAGCCAGGCUCAAUGGUCACAGAACCCGUUUGGGUGGUUCUCUGGCUUCCGCCGGCCCAAGAUGGUCAGCCUUUUGGGACCUCUUAGCAUAGUCAAGGAGUUAGAUCCAAAUCUGUGGUGCACUAUGACUCUCCUGCCGUGCUCUUCCUCCGAGGUUGUUGUCAGAUGCGACCUCUAUGCAAAGGAAGGGCAUCAAGUCCCAACGAACACAGCGGCAAAAUGGAAAUGGAUGCUGGAGAAGGAGCUCAUCCAUUUGCCAAAUCCCGACGAUACCAAAGUGUCGAAAGGGUCAUAUUUCGCAUACAAAUGCGGAGGCCGGACCAUCGACCUAUUUGCAAUCCUCGCCCAGCACCAACGUAAUGAGAAGAUGGCGAACAAGAAGCUGCAACCGGCAAUCAGAAUCACAGGAACAGCCGAGAUCGAUGCGGAGGCAGAAGCUGUAUGUGAUGCUCUUGACGGAACAAGUGACGGUCCAUCUCUGGAGAAAUGCUCCAGAAAGUCGAGCUUUCCGCACAUGUUAGAAUGGUAAGUGCGAUGGUGGAAUGAGCUGCUGGGAACUCAUCACUGCAUCAUCCGGCGUCAGGACUAGUAUAGCGGAUACACGCAUGAUAGAUUCAGGGAGGUGUUAUGGACAAAGAAUGGUUGUCGGCUCAUUUCUAUUCGGCAGCCUGUGGACAAAUAACGUGGCGCCAUCUACCUUGGAGAACUCCUACCUUCGCAAGUCAAGCUCUGUCUGACCUGAUUGGCAUUGACCAGACCGUCCAACUUGACUGUGACUCUGACGAAUUUGACCUUCCUCUUCUGCGUCAGAAGAGCAAUUGCUCCUCGUGGAAACGCAGACAGCUGGCAUCAGUAUUGUCAGAAUGUGCUGUCUCUUCUUUCCAGGAGUGGUUGCAUGCCUUGUUACUUGACAGAUCCAUUCUCGGAGCAUUUUUGGGCAGUGUUGGGCUUCUUUUCUGCUACUGGCUUUCGAUCCUUGCCAGUAUAAACGGAUGCUUCGGCAGCAGGGUAGGGAGGUAGAUCAGGUAUAAUCAUGUCAUCGUCUUGAACGAGUUGGCAAGCAUUAUGCCCAAAGAGCCAG